GCCUGACGUGCGUGCGAAACGAAAGAAAAAAAAUCACGCUCUAUGCGGAUGCGAUUCCGCAGAUUUUCCAGUGUCCAUCGAUUCCGGUCUCUACCGACAACCAAACGGAAAUGGAUCGAUGUCGGUUGUGUCUGAAUCCCUUCCUGGGCCGAGUGGAAAGUAACAUUCGGCUCAUGCGGCCGCUUCUUAACUCACUUUUCCUCUAUGAGGUUCGAUCACAUCCAGGACUGCCGGAGGGAGUAUGCUCGGCCUGUACCAGCACCGUGACCGCGUGCUAUCAGUUCAUCAUCAGGGUUAAAGAAAAUCAGAACAAGUUGUUCGAUGUUUUGGAUGGAAAUUUGCCACCCCCUAGUAUGACGGAAGAAGUUCCGGACCCAGCGCUGUACGAACCGGAAGCGGAUGUGGCGUUUAGUCCGGACCUUGUUUCCAAGCAUCUGGAUAUGCGUUGCCGGUUUUGUCAGAUGAAACUAGGUGGUUACGAUCAGUUGAUGCAUCACUACCAGGUCAUGCAUGGAAGGGAAGGGUUCGUUUUCUGUUGCAAGGCGCGGUUGAAUAAUAAAGCAGCGAUUAUGCGGCAUCUACAGAAGCAUCUGACCAAACGGGACCUCUGGGUCGAAGUAUACGGAGGGUUGUUGACGGAUUUUGAAAAAGUUUUGGGAGAAUACACGGGUUCUCUGCCGGAUGUGGGAGCAGCUCUUCGGGGGAAUCAAAUGGAGCGCAAGAAGUUUAACGUUGUUCAUGACUUUUUGAUCGAUAAGCUGUUUGUGCUGGAUUGCGAACUUUGUCGAACACAUCUGACCAAUCAGGCUGAUCGACGAAAACACUUCGAAGAAGCGCAUCCGAUGGUAAAAUAUUACGUAUCUUGUUGUGGGGCAAAUUUCACUUUUCGGAUAGCGAUCAUGCGGCACAUGAACGUACACUGGGUUCCACUUCUCAAUGGAGGAGUCCCCAAACCAGAGUAUAUGACACCGAAUAAUUCUGUUCCGGACGAAGCCUUUGGAAAUAUGGAAGAAAUGCCAUCGGUAAACUUUUGUCAAUCGAAUACGAUGGAUGAUGAAGCCGGUGAAGGAACAUCCAAGACUAACUCAAGCCAAGAAAUGGACAUCAAACCAGUUUUGGUGAAUAUGCCUAUAAAGGCGGAACCAGACGAUAGUGCCAUGGAAUCAGAGACAGAACAUAUCCAAGAGUCGAACAAACGAUUGAUAGAAAGGUAUCUAAAAAUGACAUGCAAUGUAUGCCAAGAAGAGCAAACAAGUUUUGAUCUAUUGAAGUACCACUAUGUUAUGAUCCACAGUAUUCCGUACUACAUCCUGUGCUGUGGACAGAACCUAACAACGGAUAAAGAGAUUUAUAAUCAUGCCGUACACCAUUCGUCCAAGAUUAUCUCUGGAUCUAGUGUUAACUGUAAUAAUAUCUUGGCGGAUUUUAAAAGCAUGCUUACAAACUACGAACCUAACGCAUUGCCAAAUAUGCAUCUAGCACUAAGCGGAGACACUUCUGAGAAAAACAAACUAAACAACCUACAGGACUUUCUAGUGCAGCGUUUAUUUCAAAUGGACUGUCAGCUCUGUGGUCAAAAAACUGAAACCAUUGCCUACAGAAAGAUGCAUUUUUCCCGCAUUCAUCCUGUUGAAAAAUAUUUUACAUCCUGUUGCAGUAAACGAUUCCAUACUUCAGCCAGCGAAGUGGAACACCUCUAUCAACACUGGAAACCUUUGAUGGCCAACAUACCGGAGAGUUCACAAGAAAUGUUGCUAUCUCGUAGGAAACGUAAAACUCCAAUGCAGCUAGUCUAUCAGCCGCUGAUGGAAGACUUCCGUAGCGAUCUAGAGGAAGCAGGUUUUGUUCUCCCGACUGUCAUUCCAAACAGCCAAACUUUGCAGCAAAUUGAAGAUGUUCGCAAAAUGCAGGCAUUCAUCAUCAACAAACACUGUUCGUCCUUCGAUUGUGAAGUGUGUCGAACUCCACUCUCAAACUGGGCCGAACGCUACACUCAUCUAUCGGAAAACCAUACGGAUCUGGAACCGUUUAUUAAAUGCUGUGGCAAGAUGCAUCUUCAACCUUUCCGUAUCGUCAAUCAUCUCCUGAAGCACAAACUUUCACUGAAAAGCUUCGCUAAUGACGUGAAGAACAUCGAAAUAGAUUUGAAAUGCGUGCUGUGCAAUCAUCCCGAAAAAACUUACGCCGGUUUAAGGAAACAUUUCAAACUCAAACACCCGAAAGAUCCUUUCCGGUUUGAAUGUUGCGGACGUUCCUUCAACGAGAAGAAUACCAUCAUCUACCAUUUGAAUUCCAAACAUUCUUCCGUACCACAGCAUGUGUGCCCCGUCUGCCAUACACCUUUCGCUUCGGCUCAAAUCCUGGAGCUACACGUAAACCGAAAGCAUGCCAGCGAGGACCAGAAACGCUUCGGUUGCGUUAUUUGUGGUAAAAAAUUUGCAACCGAGCUGCUGCUGCGGCAUCAUUCCUACUGGCACCAGACAACGCACUGUGACCUGUGUGGAAUUUCCGUUCAUCGUUUUAAGCUACGCGCACACAUGUUGAGUGUACAUCAAAACGAACCUACGAAUCAGGAGCCUGAACCACAAAUACAACAGCAAAAUUCUGUCACAUGUGAACCAGUCACGGAACCGGAGCCAGCCAUUCCUCUUGUAACGGUUCCAAAAAUAAAGCUCGAACCCUACGAUAACUAUUCAAACUAUCAGCAUCCUGAGCCAUGCGACAAUUACGCUACUACUAGUCAAAUGCCACAACCCGAAGCAACAAGUAAUCAUUCUGCCAUACAUCCAAUAAAGCAAGAACCGUACGACAGUUAUGCAUCCUUAUACCCUCUACCGAACAAUAACUACCCCACUAGUCAGGAAUCACCCUACAGUAGUACAACUGCAACAGCUUUCCCCCAAUCCCAGUUUCAAUCAUCACACUUCGGAAGUGAUGUUGCAUCCUAUCAACAAGCACCACCGCAACCUCAUCCGCACGCAUUUCAAAACUAUACAAUGAGCACGUGGAGCUCAAAUUGUGCCAUUCGCCAGGAGGUGAAAUCGGAACCCUCACAGUAAAUAACCGGAUACCUGUGUGCAAUCAUAUGUCACAUUAAUGAAGAGUAAAUGUAUACUAUAA